AUGCCUGGGUCCAGAAUAAUAUUCCACAAGGGAAUCCCAGCCCUCUCAGCAACGGCCACCUGGCAUGUCAGCUCAGAUGCCACGUCAGCAAUAAGAUCUUUGCCUGGUGGACUGCCCUCCAAUGUCAAUAAUAUCUGCUCCUUCCGCCACCAUUCUCUCUGCUUCUCUUGCUGCUGCCUCGACAUUCACACAUACACUGCUGUUGUUGUUUUUGCUGCUGCUGCCACUGCCGCCGCCGCUGCUGCUGCUGCUGCUACUGCCGCUGCUGCUGCUGCUGCUGCUGCUGCUGCUGCUGCUACUGCCGCCGCUGCUGCUGCUGCUGCUGCUGCUGCUGCUGCUGCUGCUGCUGCUGCUGCUGCUGCUGCUGCUGCUGCUGCUGCUGCUGCUGCUGCUGCUGCUGCUGCUGCUGCUGCCUCUGUCGUCGCUGCCACUGCCGCUGUCAUUCCCAUCCCUGGUGAAUCUCCCCCCAUCACUAAAGCUAUCAGGAGUGAUGUUCAGAAUACCCAUUACCAGAGGCCGCUGCUGCCCCUCCCACGCCCACAAGGGACCCUCCCCCUCUUCCUUCCUCCCCUCGCUCUGCCCUCUAAAUAG